AUUUAAAGGACCAUAGAGCGGUACAUCCGGCUGUGUGUGCGGGCUUGGGGGGCGGCAACUGCGGAAUACAGCCCCCAGCGGAUGGGCGUGUAAGAGAGCGCGGCGCCCCCAGCAGGCAGAGGGGACAUGGCACGGGCAGCUCCUCCCCACCCGGGAUCCCUGAUCAUUCCUGACUGGCACCAGAGCCCGGAAGGGAAGGAAUAUCUGAACUGCAUCCUCCGCAAGAAGAAGAGGAGGUUGUUUGGGCUGAUCGAGCGCCCUGUCCUCUCACCGCAGCUCCCAGCUGAUAUCGCUAGAUACAAGGUUUUUGUAUCUGGUAAAAGCGGAGUUGGGAAAACAGCACUGAUUGCCAAACUGGCCGGGCUGGAGGUUCCCAGCAUGCACCAGGAGACGACAGGGAUCCAGACCACAUGUGUGUACUGGCCGGUCCGGCCCAGCGGAAGCGAGCGUCCAGUUAUCUUCAGAUUCCACUUCUGGGACUGCGGAGAAGCCGCUCUAAGGAAGUUUGAUCACAUUCUGCCUGCAUGUAAAGAAGGAGCUGAUGCUGUCCUCUUCCUCUUCUCCUUCACCGAUCGCUCAUCGUUUGAAGACGUACCAGCCUUGAUCUCUCGGACCCUCAGUCAGGGCGAAGACUUGGCUCGGGUGGUGAUUGGUACCAAGUUUGAUCAGUACAUGCAUACUGAUGUCACCGAACGGGACCUUCAAGUCUUCCAGAGGACAUGGCAUCUUCCCAUCAUGCGUGUGAGGAGUGUCAACGGACCGCGGCUGGCUGACGGCUGCAGCCUGGACGGGCGAGUUGGACUGGCAGAUGGAGCUCCUGUGCUGAAUGGUUUGGCUGAGCUCCUGUGGCACAGAGACCAGGUGGCUGCUGGACUCGUGGCUACAAAUUAAUGGCUUUGGGAGAUGCGGCCGCCCCUAGGUGAAGUUAAAAUCCACGUCUGCCCCUCUGACCACAGGAUGUCCAUAGGUGGACUGUCCAAACCUGCAGCUGGACCUGCUGAUCAUUCACAGGGCAACCAGCAGAGGGCAGCAUUUAGUUAACACACAACAGUUACAAUGGCUUCCACCAGACGGAUUUACCGUAUGUGACAUCUCCAGGCAAUGCGCGGCUUCGGGAACACCGGCUGAUAGACUGUGAAUAAACCAACAAUCUUUAUUAUACAGAAACCCGUGUCUACAACUGUGUGUUUCAACGACCGAGCCUCCUGGGUUUGUAUGAGGAGAUCCUGAGGGUUUUGAGUUUAUGAUUAAGUCCUACGUGGACGAAACGCGUCAGGCUGCUCUCUGACGAUCCUUAUCUGCUCCCAUGUUGUAUUGUUUUUUACUUUUGAUCUAAUAAAAGCUAUGUCUUAACUUGAAGAAUUUCGGCU